AGGGUGCUAUUAGGGUGUUUUCUCAGGAGUGAGAAGCUAAUCGGAGAAAUCCGCUCUGCUUGUCUCUACAUGCAAAAUCAGUGAAGGAAGUGGGAGCCACAAUCAGUCAGUGCGUCGCUGCAUGAUGAGCCUCAACGUCCCGGGACUGGUAGUGAUGGUGCUCUUCUACCUGCUGGUGCUGGGCACCGGUAUCUGGGCCUCCGUCAAGAGCAAGGGGCUGCAGAAGAGCAGCCAGGGUGACCAAACAGAGAUUACACUGCUGGGCAACAGGGGCAUCAGCCUGGUGGUGGGAGUCUUCACGAUGACAGCUACGUUUCUUGGAGGGGGCUUCAUUAUGGGUCUGGCAGAGAUAGUGUACACUCCAACUAUGGGACUGACAUGGGCUGUCAUGCCGGCCUCAGCAGCCCUGUCUUUUAUUGUUGGUGGUCUUUUCUUUGCAAAGCCAAUGAGAGACAGAAGAUAUGCGACCAUGAUGGACCCGUUCCAGAUCCAAUAUGGAAAUGCAAUAAGUGCAGUUCUGUCACUGGCAUUGCUGAUAUCCGACAUAAUCUGGGUUACGGGAACUCUAAUUGGCUUAGGUGCAACUAUGGCCAUGAUCCUGGAUUUGCCCUAUUCUGUUUGCAUUUGGAUCUCUGCCUCAGUAGCCAUCAUCUACACACUGCUGGGAGGCCUCUACUCGGUCGCAUACACAGACAUCAUACAGCUAACUCUCAUAUUCAUCAGUUUGUGGUUAUGUGUCCCCUUCAUCUUUAUGAGCACCCAUUCAACUGACAUCACCAAGACUGCUUACAAUUUUACCUACCAGGCCCCCUGGGUCGGUUCGGUGGAAGAAAGAGCGUGGAGGUGGAUUGAUCAUUUCUUAAUAUUGUCAUUAGGUAACCUUGGAUACCAGGACUUCCACCAGAGGACGCUGUCGGCUGCCUCAUCAGCUACCGCUCGGCUCACCUGUUUUAUUGCAGCGCCUCUCAUCUUCAUACUCGGGAUCCCACCCGUGCUGAUUGGAGCGGUGGCAGCAUCAACAGAUUGGAACGCAACCGCGUACGGCUCCCCGAGCCCAUACGAGCGCGGCGACGCCGGUCAAGUUCUGCCUGUUGUUCUGCAGCACCUCACCCCACAAUACAUCUCCAUCAUCGGCAUCGGAGCGAUAGCCGCUGCAGUGAUGUCCUCGACGGACUCGGCUUUGUUGUCCGCCGCCUCCAUCUUCACAUCCAACAUCUAUAAGAGCAUAAUGAGGACCACGGCGUCAGAGAGGGAGCUCCAGUGGGUGAUCCGUGCCACGGUGGCGUUGGUGGGCCUGGCCAGCACCGCGCUCACCUUCGUAAACAACAGUAUUAUGUUUUUCUGGAUCCUGGGCUCAGGCAUAACCUACACCGUCAUGUUCCCCCAACUCGUCUGUGUCCUGUUCUUCCACGUCUCCAACGGCUACGGCUCCGUCGCGGGCCUGGUCGUCGCAGUGGUGCUGAGGGUGCUGAGCGGCGAGCCAACGAUUGGGUUGCCUGUCGUUCUCCGCUUCCCGGGUUGCACGCUGGAGAAUGGCGUAUACGUCCAGCGCGCUCCUGUUCAGACGAUCUGCAUGUUGUCCAACAUGUUUGCUACUUUGUUGUUCUCCUACCUAGCUGCACUGAUAUUCAAUAGAGGACUGAUUCCUGAGAGGUGGGACGUAUUUAAUGUGAAAACCGACAAACCGAAAAAGAAAACAACGUCAGUGAGCAACGGUGCCACCAAAACAGACGAGGAGGAGCCCGAAGUUCAUGAGAUGGAAUUAAUGUUAACCGCAAAUCAGACAGAUUGACGGAGAAAUUAUUCAAUGGGACAGGUUUGUGGUUUAGCAAUCUUUCUGUGUAAUAUUCUUGAGCAAAUGCGGUGGAAGUAUUCCUCUCUUCCUUUAAAAACAUUUUCAGUAUGUCGCAAGAGAAAUAAAAAUGUUUUGAAGUAAAAA